CCGUGAUACACCCACCACGAGCGAUUCCACGAUAAAUGCCCGCUGUGACCCCUUCUGCACUCGAAACCCUAACCCUAGUCUCAGCUUCUCUACCCCUCUUUCCCUUCGCUGCGACGGCCUCAGCCGCCGCCGCCAACAUGCAGAUCUUCGUGAAGACCCUCACGGGGAAGACUAUUACCCUCGAGGUAGAGUCCUCCGACACCAUCGACAACGUCAAGUCCAAGAUCCAGGACAAGGAGGGCAUCCCACCAGACCAGCAGCGCCUCAUCUUCGCCGGAAAGCAGCUCGAGGACGGCCGCACCCUCGCCGAUUACAACAUCCAGAAGGAGUCCACUCUCCACCUCGUCCUCCGCCUCCGGGGUGGCGCAAAGAAGCGCAAGAAGAAGACGUACACCAAGCCUAAAAAGAUCAAUCACAAGAAGAAGAAGGUCAAGCUACCCGUUCUCCAGUUUUACAAGAUUGAUGACUCCGGCAAGGUCACCCGGCUCAGGAAGGAGUGCCCCAACGCCGAGUGUGGCGCCGGGACCUUCAUGGCCAACUACUUCGAUCGCCAUUACUGUGGCAAGUGCGGUCUCAAUGUCUACCAGAAGGCUGGAGGAGAAGAGGUCAUCAAUAGAAAGAACAAGGAAAAAAAAUUUCAACGGCGUAAAUUUUACGCAAAAUGGAGUUAAAUUGAUCCAGGAAUUGAAGAAUGAAGAAAGAAUACUCAAUUGGGUCAAAUUCGAGUCAAAUCAGAUCAAAAUUGAUCAAAAAUCAACUGAUUUGGUGAUCUGGUUAGCCGUCUGGUUCACAGUAACAGGCGUCUGGACCAUGGAUCCAUCGACGCACCAUAAACCAGCCAAUCAGCGAGUCUCGGCUCAUCGCAACGCAUCGCGAGCCUGAUCCACGCGCGCGGUCGAGGGCUAAUGAGGAGAGAGAAGAAGGUUCGAAGGGCAACCUGGUAACUUCACAUCACUCGAUGGUCCGAUCUUCUCUGAUCAGGAUCCAACGCUCUACAUUUUUGCGCCAUCGGACGGUCAUCAUCGCAGCCGGUCAAGAUCCAACCGUAAUCAAGGCAAUUACAAGAAUCAAUAAACACUAGGACAACACGGGAUCCUUCUGCAGCGCGAUCCAACGGACGAAAUCUUUCAGCACCUUGAUCGGACGGUCCGCGACGCAUCCGACCUGAUCCCAUCUCUGCAGCAUGAUCCAACGGCAGCGCUUCACCCAGAUCGUGAUCCGACGGCCCAGAAUCGCUCCCGGCUUGAUUUAUUAGAUGAAUUGGAUCCUUUAGAUGAAGAUCGGACGGCUGAAACAAUUUCUAGGAUUUCUUGAUGGAUUUAAGUGCUUUUUGAGCGAGAUUUGAGCUCCUAAAUCCCUCUAACAGCUCUCUAAAACCUCUUAGUCCCACAUAUAAAGUUUUGAAAAUCUGAUAACCCCCAAAUGCCUAUAAAAAGCUCCCAAAGGCCCUUAUUUUAAUGAUUCUUUCCUUCCGAUUAAGCUUGUAACCCUAGAUAGUGGGUUUUUUAGCUUUCUUCUCAAGCUUCGAGUUUUGAGAUUUUUGUAAUAAAUUUUUUUUAUAUAAAAUCUUAUUUUUAUACAA